AUGGCCGCCCCUUUGGUGGCAGUGAGACAGCCUGCUGAGCCCCCAAACCUUGAGGAAAAGAUACACUCCCCCGCCACCGACCAGCCUUUGGACCCCAAAGGCCUCGAAUCUGGUCCUUCGAUGGGCUCCGCUAACGAAACCUCUGGCCUAUCAAAAAACAAGCCACAAGAUACUGCAGAGGCUACCAAGGGUGAAAAGAAGUCUGUCGGGAUCAGAUACAGGGUCGAGUGCGACGAGUAUUCCGUUCGUUGUGGCCCGCAAUGGUCUGAAGAGCAGGAUGAUGUUCCCUUCGACCUCGAGUCCCAAGGAUUAGAAUCCGAGAGUCCAGAUGAUAACGACAAGCCAUCUCCGGUUCUGGAGGUUAUUACCUCAGUCAACGUGGACUCGAGAAGACACGAUCGUCGUAUGCGCGAUGACGCUGGAAGUGAUGAUGUGUCGGACACAGGAUCAGUAGUGGAGGACAGGCAGCCCAAACGGAGCUUGAAGACGACCAGCAUCCGCUCUCUGGGCCCCACGCGAAUGGAAAUACACUCACCAUUGCUGUUGCAGGUGAUCCGGGAUGUCGUUGACUACUAUCCCACCCAAAACCUCACCGGAGACGUUGUGACUGUUCAUGAGCCAUACUGGGUCUUGGUUCACUACUACCCUGAGCUCAAAAAGAUAUACCAGGCUUUGGUAGAGGAGCAGGAGGAUAGUGUAGCUGACUCGAGUGGGGAAGAUGAAAGAACAAAAAAGAAAAAUCAUCUGGGGGUCCUUCUCAAGUUUCUUACUCCUCACUUUGAGCAGCACGUGAGUCCUAUCGACCGACGGCUCGCCAAAACAACACCAACAGUCAAGUGGGAGGACAUCUGGUACCUGUUGAAACCUGGUGAGUUCGCGUACUGCCUUUUCCAGAAGACCUGGAUUGGUUGCGUCAUCCAAAGCGUUGUCGUCAAUCAGGAUGACUGGGAGGUGGGAUACUGGGUGCUCGACCACCCGCUUGAGAAUUGCAUCCAGCGUGCUCGAGGAAAGCUUUCCAUCAAGUCAUUCGAAGGCGAACAAGCAGUCGCGUCUCUCAGCAUCAUUCCCAGACACGUCUUUGACAGGCUCGAUGGAGGUGAACUAAGGGAAAAGCUCGAAAAGAGAGGAGAGAAGGUCUGCAAUGUCCUGUGGAAAAGGCAUCAGUACCUGUAUUACAAAGGAACCAGCAUGGAUGAUAAUGAUCGACUGUACGAUGGCCCAAUCAUUGCCGAGAGCGAGAAUCGCAGCAAUGAUAGUCUCCCAGGGACGAAAUGGACUUUCGAGGAGGACGACAUACCGAAAGACGACGACUUUGUACGAAUGGACGUUACGGGAGGACGGAAAAUUCGGCCAAAGUUUGCAGACUUCAUGAGCAUCGAUCCCGUCGAGGACCCGAGGAGCAAAAUGACCAAGGACCAUCUAUUUCUGCUCUGUCCUGCCAUCAUCUCAUUCGCUCUGAAGACCAAGGAGUGGCACGUAUACAACGUCGAAAACAUGCGCGAACUGCAGGAGCCAAAAUAUAUUCCGGACACGCAUAUCGGGGAUGAAAAUCUCGAUAUCAUCAACGCACUCUCUUACCGGCAAAUCCAUUCCAAGGAUAAAUGGUCGGCAGACUUCAUCAAGGACAAAGGAGAAGGCGUGGUCGUGCUACUGCACGGCCCUCCAGGAGUAGGGAAAACCUACACAGUCGAGUCGACCGCUGUCGCAACGCGCAGACCAUUGAUUAGCCUUACUCUUGCGGAUAUCGGCACCAAAGAGGAGAACAUCGAAAACGAGCUGGGAAAUUGGUUCGACCUGGCGCACCGCUGGCAGUCAAUCCUUCUCAUAGACGAAGCGGAUAUAUUUCUGGAGCGGCGCAUGCACACAGACAUGGGACGCAAUGGCGUCGUAUCCGCUUUCCUGCGCAAAACAGAAUACUUUGGCGGUUUGCUCUUCCUCACCACCAACCGUGUAGGCCAUAUCGACGAAGCCUUCCUGUCCCGCGUGCACGUCGUCAUAUAUCUCCCUCCGCUCGAUGACGACAAGCGCAAGAGCAUCUGGCAAAGUUUCUUCAAGAAACUCAAGGACGAACGGAAAGGCAAGAUACGCGUGACGCCGAAGGCUCAGAGCUUCGUCGUCGAGAACGCCGAGGUGCUUGAAGUCAAGUGGAACGGUAGGGAGAUCCGCAACGCGUUCCAGACUGCCAUCGCUCUCGCCGAAUACGAAUCGUCCCGGAGGAGCGAUUUCGAAGAGGGAGAGGAAAUCCUGGUGGAGCCGGAGCACUUUCAGCGAGUUGUGCGGAUGAGCAAGAGGUUCCAUGCGUAUAUCGAUGACAUCAAGAAAGAUGACGAAGUGUACCGUGCGAGGAACUACUACGGCCGCAGUGAUCGGUGGGAAGAGAUUGAGAAGACUACGAUGCAAGAAGUGAGGCACCUUGCGAUGCCGCGUUGA